AUGGCAGACUUUUUCUCAAUUGCGUUCAGCUUGGUCGCACUUGUGGGAUUUGCUUUCCAGACCAGCAAGGCUCUCCACCUAAAAGUUGAGAGUUCCAAGUCGUCAAAACGAAUGAUUCGCGAGCUGGGAUAUGAACUUGAGUCUCUCAUCCAAGCUGUUGAAACCCUGGAGCAAGCAGCAAAAGACAAU